AUGAAAAGCUAUGUAAACCACCGUGUUCAACCAGCGGCAUCCGAAAUUAAAACAGAAUCCAACCUAAAGCCACCAUCGAAAGGUCGAUCUACUAGCGACCUUCACUCCGUGUCAUUCAUAGUUAAGCCGAAGCAAGACAAAGAGGACCGAUCUCCUUCCAAGGUUCGUACUGUGUCACACGCAGUUCGGAAAGCCUCGACCUUUCGUUCAAAAAACCGAACUUCACCCGAGGCACAACGGACUUUUUCGACCUCAACAAAGUCCGUUGAUCUGGUAUCGAGGACGCAACCCGAACGCCACCGAAGCCUCCUUAUCUAUGGAGCCGACCGUUUAGGCACAACAUUCACCACAAAAAUGUUUGCCGAAGAUUCACAGCUGAUGACCGUUUAUGAGCCAUUAUGGAUAACAAAGAAAUGGAACAAAGAAGACAUUAGUCAGAUACCGAAUUGGACCAAAAACGUUCUCGAUCUUCUACGAGGAAUUUUAAGUUGGGAGCCCAGGACACCCAAUGGUUUAAUUUCGUCUUUUCUUCCAAAGCUAUUCCUAGAGAAUCCCGACACCGACAUCCGGGUUAUCCAGCUUAUUCGAGAUCCCAGAGCGAGUUUAAGAUCCCGGAUUAAGCUAAAAUGGAUGGUAGACUGGAAGCAUUCCAGUUUUCCAAACGUAGUCAGAAAAAUAUGUUCAAACUUGGCCACAAACAUCAAGUUUGGCCGAAAUCUGGGCAAAUGGCAAGACAAGUACUUAGAAGUACACUAUCAUGAUCUAGCUGGAAAACCGCUGGAAACGACAAGAGCUAUGUAUGAGUUUGCAGAAUUUAUAAUGCCCGAUAGCGUUGCUGACUGGGUUGUUCGCAAUACUUCACCAACCAAAGAAGAAUUGAUGAAGGAA